AUGCUUGGUAAUGGAACCUAUCUCUCGUAUGAGGCUCGUCCAAAAGAGGACAUCUCAUAUAUCAUUUUGGGAGUGAUCGGCACGGCCGCGAAUUUUCUCAUCCUCGCCGCCAUCAUCAUGCACAGAGCGCUGCGGAGACAUAAGGAAUACUCGCUGUUGGCAUUUCUCGUGUUAUUCAACGCUUUGAUGAGUCUCGGUUUCCUCUCGGCCGGCAUUUAUCGGCUAUCGGUGGGAGCCAAAGCGACGGAGCUCAUCUCACAAAUGUCGUGUCUAAAAUUGCCUCAUUGUAUUCUCUUCGCCGGUGUGCCUUGUGUCGGCUCGAUUCUCCUUCCAUUCAUCGCCAUCGAUCGUUUGGUGGCCAUCAGCCGACCGCUGCAAUACCGGGUCAAAGAGGCGUACAAAGGAUAUUAUGCUAAAAUUGUCGGCGCUUUCUCAAUCUUUUUCUACGUUUUCUGUUUUACGUAUGCUUCCGCGGAAGCAGCUUUCGAGAAUCGAUUCAUUUCGGCGAGAUGUGAUACUCGAGAAGUAUUCUCCCAUGGCUACAAAUUGUUCGAAUCCCUUUGCAUUGUUUUCUCACAUUUGUUGGCUGUGGGAAUCUUCGCCAUCGUCAUCGCUCAUUUCCAUUGUUAUGCAAAGGAGAGACCGCUGAGGAGAGAGAGCAAAAGCGGUGUCGUGGUGGCGCGACAACAGACCCGAGUGAUGCGCACGUUCUCGAUCUUUUCAUUGAUGACUCUUUGCCUUGUCGUUCUCCCGUUCGUCACCGUUUUCUGCAUAUCGGCUUUCACACCGGUCGACAGUAAACAUCGACAUUUAUUGGAUACAGCUUAUCUCAUCACUGUCAAGAUCGCGAUCAUGAACCCAACGCUGAACGUCGUCGUGUACGCUUUGAGACACAAUGAAAUUUAUGUGGGAGUGAGGAGUUUGCUCGUUCGACAACAGCCAAAU